GUUUUCAAUUUUACUCUACACUUGUUUUGAAAUAAUAAAUCCCCUUCCUUAUUUCAAAAUGCGAUUUACCGUUACGCCUGUGAAUGAAGAAGACCUCAACACUCAAACCAAUGAUGAAGUCAUUGAAAUGAGUGUAUUGAAUGGUGAUAAUGGUGAUAAUAAUAUAGAAUCCAUUGAAUCGAAUGAAGCUGAAACGGCAAUUCUCGGGUAUUAUCCCGAGGACUACGUAAUGAUGCCACGAAUGGCAUCACGAUUCGAAGAAAUAAAUGAUGAAGAUGAAAAUAACGUAUGUAAUGAUUGCAUCGAGCUUUUCAUCGAAAUCAUUAAUUUAUUUGUUGGCAUCGUCAUGUUUGUAUUGAAUUGUUAUACAAACAUUAUUGAUUAUAUUUCACAAUGAAUAUAUUCAUUUUUUUAAAUAAAUUUUUUUAAAUUUUUCUAAUCAUUUCAAAAA